AUGGAGACUUCAGAUGCUGGUCCAAGAGGUCCGAUGCUACCCAGCACAGUAUUAGGAAGCCCGCACCCCACGCCACUGAAUCUCAGCGCAGCAGGCAACGCACCUAUGGCAAAUGGGAACGUUGACUGGGACGUCUUCGAACCCGACGAUCCUCUCGAGCUAGACAUCUUUCACCCGGAUUUCUUUCCAUCCAUAUUUCCCCCAAACGGCUUCUCAGCAGCCGUGAGCGAAUAG